GUGUUUGUGUAAUAAAAUUUGUGUCCGAAUCGUUUUUUUGUACGAAUUUUGGAAUUAAAAUAUUGAAUAUUUGUUGUUGUAGCUUUGUGUUAAAUUCACACAGAACAUGUCGAUAAACAUCACAAUAGGGUCAUAUGGCGCAAUAUCCGAAAUAUUUGAUUCUGGUUUCUCAUACAAAGUACUAGGUCUAAUAGUACUAACAAUUUACUGUGCGUCUUUGCUUUUUAUUGUAUGCAAUUGUGCACACAACGCUACAGCAGUUAUAGCUUGUGGAGUUCAAGAUACAUUGCUUUCUGCUAACCUCCUUCAGAUGGACAUCCAAGCACAAAAGGAAAUUGAUCUUUUCAUAUCAGCAAUUGAAUUAAAUCCCCCUGUUGUUAGCAUGGAAGGGUAUGGACUUAUAAACCGAAAACUUUUAACAUCGACAAUUUCUACCAUUACUAUUUAUCUUAUUGUUUUACUUCAGUUUAAAUUAAGCAUUAUUUCGGAAAAAACCAUAAAAGCAAAAUUAACCACAUAAAUAUUAAGAAAAAAUAAAUAAAAUAAUUAAGUAUACAUAUCGUCACCUAAAACGCAAACGGCCCUAUCUAACAUUUUUAAAAUUUUACAGGAGAAGUAAAAACUAUUUAAAUUGAAACGUUUGUUUCUAUCAACGCGAUUUAUUUGUAAAAAAUAAACAAAUUGU